CCGGCCGCCCCCAGAUACGCUCCUCAGCGCUCUCUACUCUCUCGCAGCCAAGGCACAGAUGGCGAUGUCUACGGCAGUGAAGGCAGUGCUGUUGCUGGUGGUGGCUCUGGCCGCAACCUGCUGGGCGCGCGCUGAGCCCCUGGGACAGCAGCCCAGCGACAAGGCCCGCCUGCUCAACGAGCUCGACUUGGUGGACGACGACGGCUCCAUCGAGACAGCGCUCAUCAACUACCUGUUCGCGAAGCAGGUGGUGAACCGGCUGCGCGCGCAGAUGGACGUCAGCGACCUGCAGCGCAAGCGCUCCUACUGGAAGCAGUGCGCCUUCAACGCCGUCUCCUGCUUCGGCAAGUAGGCGGGCGGAGCGCGUCGACACCGCAGCUACCCUCAGCCACCGCCACCAUCUCCCAGACAACGGCAACGCGCCGGCGCACUGAAGACGCUCCUCUGUCACUCCACGGGGGGCGACCUCCGCAGCCCCAGUAGUCCAGCCUCCCCUCUCUAGGCUAAAAACGUGUGUUAAACUUACUGAGACUUAGAUAAAUUUAUAUAUGUACAUAAUCUUUGACACUCGUACCCUUACAUCCCAAACAAUGCCAACUUCCUCAACUACUGUCCUGUCCCAGUGAUAGGGAGCAGAACUCAUCUGAUAAUAUUAUCACUAAAUUUGUGUGUAUCUAAUGUUCAAUUUCCUUGGCGUCUCUACAUCAUUUCCAAUUUUCACAAAAGAUUUUACAGUAGUGAAUGUAUCCUCAUGUCCAUUAUAUACUUCUAACCAAUGUAAAAGUUCAGUGCACUGGCGCGCUUUCGUUAUCUCCCGUCAUUAUGAUUUAGAAUUUUUACGAGUUAGGGAAUACUUCACCAAUAAGCCCGUUCUAUUAAAUCUAAUAGAUGUACAUAAGUGUGUUAGACUUCCCCAAAUAUAGUUUAUUAGCUAACUUCUUAUACCAACUGGCCCUAAUAUCAUGUCUGCUUAAAACAUACAUUUCCAAUUAAUUAAUGCAUAUCGUGAAAAAAAUCGUAAUGUAGUGUUGACUUCACUUUAGCAUCUUUGUAAGCAUUUAAGGUCAAGAAUAAACAAGUAUAAACAAUAA